AUGGCAUCCCCACCAGCUCCGUUCAAAGCCCAACACCACCUGGGUGACAAUAAAAUUCAUGUGCUCCUUGCAGCCAGUGGGUCGGUUGCGACUAUCAAGCUUCCCAAUAUCGCGGAAGCCCUUGGCCGCCAUCCGAAUAUUUCUAUCCGCAUAAUCGUUACAAAAUCAGCGGCAGAAUUUCUAAAGGGACAGAGUCACGAGCAACCAUUGCUCGAAAAUCUCCUCGAACUACCUGGCGUGGAUGCUAUUUACCGAGACGAGGAUGAGUGGAGGCACUCUUGGACUCGUGGCGAGCCAAUCCUACAUAUAGAGCUCAGAAAAUGGGCUCAUAUCCUACUCAUCGCGCCUUUAUCCGCCAACACCAUGGCCAAAAUGACCAUGGGAAUUUCAGAUAACCUUCUUCUCUCUGUUUUGCGAGCAUGGGACACGACGGGAUCGGUGGACGCCAAUUUCAAGGAAAAGAAGCCCAUUGUGUUUGUCGCCCCCGCCAUGAAUACAGCAAUGUGGUUUCAUCCGAUCACUGCCAAGCAACUGGCUAUACUGAAUGAUGAAUGGGGCGUAAACUCUCGCAACGAGGGCUGGGUAUCUGUACUUAACCCGGUAGACAAAUCUCUUGCUUGCGGCGAUACAGGAACCGGGGGUAUGAUGGAAUGGAAGACCAUAGUCGAUAAGGUGGAGCAGUAUUUAGGUAUUGGCAGAGACGAUAAAUAA